AUGGGUCAGAGUGGAUCGAGAGAGGAGCUGAUACGUCACGCCGCGAAGCACGGCGACACGUCAGGCAUCCGAGAGCUGGUUUCACGUGGAAUAAGCGUCAAUUGCGUGGAUUCGAAGGGUCGCACGCCGUUGAUUCUUGCCAGCAGCCGGGCAGAGGGGUAUGAGGCGGCGAAACUUCUGCUGCAGUUGGGCGCUCUUGUUCGCGCCUACUCUAAAGGUCCAGGAGGGGGCACGGCUAUUCACUAUGCCGCUCGCAAGCAGCUAGAUGCCACGGUGAAGCUGCUGCUGGACCAUGGAGCGGAACCCCUUCUUCCCAACGAUGAUGGAAGGAGCGCGCUGGACCUGGCGAGAGAGAGAAACGCCACUGCUGUUGUCCGACUCAUAGAGAGCCGGGUGGCAUUGUUCGAAGGCUAUGUGCGCCAGCAGACCCUCUCGGCACCGUCGCUAGUGAAAGCCUUUAUCCCGCAAUGGGUGUACCGGAGAAUCUGGGUGGCAGUGCUACCUGGGCCCACCAUGAGUGAUGGACGCCAGACAUUCCGCCUCGCUCUCUAUCCCUCCAUGGCUUUUGGCGCACCCUAUUUCGACAUAGCUCUGCAUGUGUGCCGCAUUCACAUGACCAAGCUGGACUCUGCCAACCCUGUACUCGUUAUAGAGGACCCCGUUCAUGCGGAGAAGGGCAAGUGGAAGUUUGUGAGCGACAAGGAUUCACCCGACCCCUCGCAGAUAUUCCGCCUGCACGACGCCUGCCGGGGAACACCACGGGCUCGCACCCAGUCAGCCAAUCAGCAUCCGCCACCUCAGCAUGUGGCAUCCUCUCCCCACACCCCACAAUCACAUGCACCAUCACCGGAAACCCAGCUCCCAGCGUCUCGCUCUCACACUGCCCCCUCCUCCAUUGACCAUCCCCCCCCACCACAGAUGCACCCCACCAUGUACCCCCAACCUCCCGCCGCUCCUCCUGUUUCCCCUUUUGCUGCUCCUCCUGCUCCUGCUGCUGCUGCUGCUGCUGCUGCUUAUGAUGCUUAUGCUGCGGCCUAUUACACACAGCAGCAGGCACAACAGCAGCAGCACGCAUGGCAGCAGUAUCAGCAGCAGCAGCAGCAGGCAUGGCAGCAGCAGCAGCAGGCAUGGCAGCAGCAGCAGCAGCAGCAGCAGCAGCAGGGAGGGUGUUCUGGAGCAGCAGAAGGAGCAGGAGGGAUGACAUCAGCAUCAUCUGAAUCCAGGGGUGUGGUGAACGUGCACGCGUGGCAGGAUGACGUGGACGAGGACACGGCGUUCCAGCUGGCACUGACUGAGUCGAUGCACACUGCCAGCACCGCUGGUUCUUCCCGAGCCAACGCUCCUGGUGCUUCUAGUGCUUCUAGUGCCGCCGCUGCGGCUGCUCAGGGGAUGAGCAGAGGGGAGGGAGGAGCAGACGGGUUUAUUCUCACCCGCUCCUCCUCCGAGCCUCAGUCCAGAUCCGGACGCUCCCUCUCCUCAUCUUCCUCUUCCGCUGCUGGUGUUGGUGCUGCUGCCUCUGGUGCAUCCACUUCUUCUCAUCGCUCCUCCAGGUCCGUUUCAGCCUCUGCUGAUCGCCACCCCUUUGCCCCACCUGCUGCUCCUAUCCCCUCUUCCUCUGCUGCUGCCGGCUCUUCCUCUGGCAUUGCCGCUGGUCCUGCAGCUGGCUCUGCGGCUGGUUCUGCAGGUACAGCUGGCACUGCUGGCACUGGUGUUGCAGCAGGCGUGGAAGGGGGUAGAAUGCGCGACGAAAUUGCGAAUCAGUUCUCCUCUGUGGCACCGGCGUUCAACCGAGCAGCAGCAGCCGUGUCGUCGCUCUUUGCUUCUGGCCCACCGUCAGCACCCCCUGUGGAUGGUCCUGCUUCCACAUCAGGAGCAUCAGUGGGAGCAGGGAGAGUGCCAGGAGCAGCCGUGACAGGCCAGCCAGCUUCAGCAGCAGCAGCAGCACCAGCAGCAGCAUCAGUAUCACCAGCACCAGCAGGAGCAGCUCCAGCUUUCAAUGCUAGAGCAGCAGUGGCUGCUGAGGCAAUUGCAACAGCAGCAGGGGCUCUCACGUCAGCAACAGCCGCUGUAGCCGCGACGGCAUGGCAGCGAACCACGGGCCACCGUGCUUCCUUCUUCGACCCUCCUCUCAUCCAGUUCUCCCCUCCCAGCAGCCCCAGGCGAAACCCACACCCUCCCAUCCACCCUCAGGCUCAACCACCUAUCAUCACCCACCACGUUCAACCACCUAUCACCCAUCAGCACCCACCUGUUUCCAUGAACCCUCAGGUGCAACCACCCAACUCCCAUCCCCAUACACCUGCCAGCGUCCCAUCCCCUGCUGCUGCAGCGUUGGUAGCUAUUCCUGGUGCGUCUUUCUCGUCUGUAGGCGGCUCGUUUGCUGGUCUUCCUUCGCCAGGAGCAGCAUCUGUAGCGGAGCUACAUCCAAGCUACAACCCUGAGAGGUUGAUUUGGGCGGCGGCAGUGGCGGAGAUUUGGGCAGCGGCAGUGGCGGAGAUUUUGGCGACGGCAUUGGCGGAGAUUUGGGCGGCGGCAGUGGUGGAGCCCUGGGCGGCGGCAGUGGCGGAGACCUGGGCGGCGGAAGUGGCGGAGACCUGGGCGGCGGAAGUGGCGGAGACCUGGGCGGCGGAAGUGGCGGAGACCUGGGCGGCGGAAGUGGCGGAGACCUGGGCGGCGGAAGUGGCGGAGACCUGGGCGGCGGAAGUGGCGGAGACCUGGGCGGCGGAAGUGGCGGAGACCUGGGCGGCGGAAGUGGCGGAGACCUGGGCGGCGGAAGUGGCGGAGACCUGGGCGGCGGAAGUGGCGGAGACCUGGGCGGCGGAAGUGGCGGAGACCUGGGCGGCGGAAGUGGCGGAGACCUGGGCGGCGGAAGUGGCGGAGACCUGGGCGGCGGAAGUGGCGGAGACCUGGGCGGCGGAAGUGGCGGAGACCUGGGCGGCGGAAGUGGCGGAGACCUGGGCGGCGGAAGUGGCGGAGACCUGGGCGGCGGAAGUGGCGGAGACCUGGGCGGCGGAAGUGGCGGAGACCUGGGCGGCGGAAGUGGCGGAGACCUGGGCGGCGGAAGUGGCGGAGACCUGGGCGGCGGAAGUGGCGGAGACCUGGGCGGCGGAAGUGGCGGAGACCUGGGCGGCGGAAGUGGCGGAGACCUGGGCGGCGGAAGUGGCGGAGACCUGGGCGGCGGAAGUGGCGGAGACCUGGGCGGCGGAAGUGGCGGAGACCUGGGCGGCGGAAGUGGCGGAGACCUGGGCGGCGGAAGUGGCGGAGACCUGGGCGGCGGAAGUGGCGGAGACCUGGGCGGCGGAAGUGGCGGAGACCUGGGCGGCGGAAGUGGCGGAGACCUGGGCGGCGGAAGUGGCGGAGACCUGGGCGGCGGAAGUGGCGGAGACCUGGGCGGCGGAAGUGGCGGAGACCUGGGCGGCGGAAGUGGCGGAGACCUGGGCGGCGGAAGUGGCGGAGACCUGGGCGGCGGAAGUGGCGGAGACCUGGGCGGCGGAAGUGGCGGAGACCUGGGCGGCGGAAGUGGCGGAGACCUGGGCAUCGGCAAUGGCGGAGAGCAGGGCGGACCCGGCGAAGAGCAGGGUGGACCCGGCGGAGAGCAGGGCGGACCUGCCGGAGAGCAGGGCGGACCUGGCGGAGAGCAGGGCGGACCUUGCGGAGAGCAGGGCGGACACGGCGGACAGCAGGGCGGCCGGCAGGGCGGACAGGGCGGACCGCCGCAGCGAGGUCAGCAGGGCGGAGAGCAGGGCGGACAGCAAGGCGGACGUGGCGGACCACCGCAGUAGGGCGGACAGCAGAGCGGAUAGCAGGGCGGAUUUGGCGGACCGCCGCAGCAGGGCGGACAGCAGAGCGGAUUUGGCGGACAGCAGGGCGGCCAGCAGGGACCGCCGCAGGGCCUUACUGGCGGACAGCAGAGCGGACAUCAGAGCGGACAGCAGGGCGGACAGCAGGGCGGAUCUGGCGGACCGCCGCAGCAGGGCGGACCUGGCGGGCCGCCGCAGCAGGGCGGACAGCAGGGCGGACAGCAGAGUGGAUUUGGCGGACAGCAGGGCGGCCAGCAGGGACCGCCGCAGGGCUUUACUGGCGGACAGCAAAGCGGACUGCAGGGCGGACAGCAGGGCGGACAGCAGGGCGGAUCUGGCGGACCCCCGCAGCAGAGCGGGCAGCAGGGCGGACAGGGCGGAUCGCCGCAGCAGGGCAGACAGGGUGGAGCAGGCAGCUCGAGAUUCGCUACCACUCAGAGUGUGA